CCCCGCUAACUUUGUUCUUAGCCUCCUAAUGUGAGCAAUCCCUCUCCACGCCUCCAGAAGAGCCCCUUCCUCCCCCAGUUAAAGCUCGCCCCCUUAGUUCAGCGCUUCGGCUAUCUGGCCGAAAAACAAAAUACCUGUACGACUGCGCCCCUGCUAGAUCAAAAGCAAGGUCCAUGCCCACUACAGUCUGCGGGGAAAGUGAAGCCAGGAAGCCAUGGCUGAGCACGGGGCUCACAUCACAACUGCUGCUGGGGUGGAUGACCAGCCAUCCAUCUUUGAGGUGGUAGCACAGGACAGUUUAAUGACGGCAGUGAGGCCUGCCCUGCAGCAUGUGGUCAAGGUCCUUGCAGAAUCAAAUCCUGCCCACUAUGGCUUCUUUUGGAAGUGGUUUGAUGAAAUCUUUACUCUGCUAGAUUUGCUGCUGCAGCAGCACUACUUGUCUAAAACUAGUGCUUCGUUUUCUGAAAACUUCUACGGCUUAAAGCGGAUUGUACUGGCAGACACACACAAGUUUCAGAGAUUGGCCAGUGCUGGUCUCCCAAAGCAGCAGCUCUGGAAAUCAAUUAUGUUCCUAGUUCUGGUUCCCUAUCUGAAAGUGAAGUUGGAGAAGCUGGUUACUAGCCUGAGAGAAGAGGAUGAAUAUUCUAUUCAUCCCCCUUCUUCUCACUGGAAGCGAUGUUACCGGGCCUUCCUGGCUGCCUACCCGUUUGUUAACAUGGCCUGGGAAGGCUGGUUUCUUGUCCAACAACUCCGGUACAUCCUAGGAAAGGCUCAGCAUCACUCGCCACUGCUGAAGCUGGCUGGCGUCCGGUUAGGCCGACUGACCGCUCACGAUAUACAUGCUCUGGAGCACCAACCAGUUGAAGGCAGCAUGAAGCAACCACCAGCCAGUGUUCGUGAGAAGAUCAAGUUGACUCUGAAGAAAGUCGUGGGCGGUGCUGCCUUAUCCCUCUCUACUGGCCUCUCUGUGGGCGUCUUCUUCCUGCAAUUCCUUGAAUGGUGGUACUCAUCCGAAAAUCAAGAAACCAUCAAGUCCUUGACUGCCCUGCCUACUCCACCACCACCUGUACACCUAGACUACAACUCUGAUUCUCCACUACUACCCAAAAUGAAGACCGUGUGCCCACUAUGUCGGAAAACCCGGGUGAAUGACACUGUGCUUGCUACUUCUGGCUAUGUGUUUUGUUAUCGCUGUGUGUUUAAUUAUGUGAGGAGUCACCAAGCUUGUCCCAUUACAGGUUACCCCACAGAAGUACAACACCUGAUCAAGCUGUACUCUCCUGAGAACUGAGAGUAAUUGGCACCCUCUCUAACUACUGCACUCUCAGGUCACAGGGCUGAAUUGUCACUGUUACUUCUCAGCCUCCAUUCAUUAAACAAGUACAUUUCUUUAAAAGGUUAAGAGGGGGCUUUAAGAAGUUCCUGGGAAAAUUCUAUUAUCUUUUCAUUCUAUUUUUCCACCAACUCUUUGAAGCCCCCCUCAUAUACCUAUUUGAGCCUAAACUUUUAGACCGCUCCCUAGAGCUUCACUUCGAGUUAGCCAAGAUGAGAUGAAAGUCAAGAUCGCCAGAAGUGAGGGCCAUUGUAGAGGGCGUGGAUAAAAGGGAUUAAUUGAUCCUUAAGUUUUUCCUAUGUCUUUUCUUUUUCCUGUCUUUUCUUAAAGAACAAGUACAGAAGCCCUUAGAUCUCAUAAGUGGGUGGGCAGGGAAAGCAAAUUUCUGUAGAAAACCACCUGCCAAUGAGGUAGAGGUCAUAGUCUUAGAAAACAACAGCUCCUUCGAUAAACUGACCAUAUAGUUCGUCAACUUUCAGAGAUUCAUGAGCCAUAAACAUCUUUUUUGGGAGACUCAUUAAAGGAAAAUAACAAGUGUUUAUAUGUACAGUAGUCUGAAGAUUGCUAUGUGGAAACAAAGCUGACAAGCAAUAAAGCAAUGCAAAUAAAAAACACUGAACUAACAGCCUGUGUAAGGUCUGUUUGAUAAGGUCUUUCUGCUUGUUCUGCUAGUUUGUUAAACUGGCAUAAAUUAUUCUGCCUAUUACUAAAGUUUCUAUGAAACACUUGAGUUUUAAGAAUAAAUGUUUCUGUUAAAGAGUG